ACACUCUUUAACACUUUAGAAAAAAAAAAAAAAGAGAAAGAAGAAGGCUUGAAUACGGAAGCUUGAGAAUGAAAGCGAUCGUGAUCUCGGAGCCAGGUAAGCCAGAGGUUCUGCAACUGCGUGAUGUGGCAGACCCAGAAGUCAAGGACGAUGAGGUUCUCGUCAGAGUUCUCGCCACUGCUUUGAAUCGUGCCGAUACUCUCCAAAGACUUGGCCUUUACAAUCCACCACCUGGCUCAAGCCCUUACCUUGGUCUCGAGUGUUCUGGAACCAUUGAAUCUGUUGGCAAAAACGUCUCUCGAUGGAAGGUUGGAGACCAGGUGUGUGCUCUUCUUUCUGGAGGAGGUUAUGCAGAGAAAGUCUCUGUUCCUGCUGGACAAAUUUUCCCAGUACCCGCUGGUAUCUCUCUUAAAGAUGCAACGGCUUUCCCUGAAGUGGCAUGCACUGUUUGGUCUACUGUCUUCAUGAUGGGCCGUCUCUCCGCUGGUGAAUCAUUCUUGGUUCAUGGAGGUUCAAGUGGGAUUGGGACUUUUGCAAUUCAGAUAGCUAAACAUCUAGGAGUGAGAGUAUUUGUAACAGCAGGGAAUGAGGAAAAGCUAGCUGCCUGCAAAGAACUCGGGGCUGAUGUUUGUAUAAAUUACAAAACCGAGGACUUUGUCGCAAAGGUAAAAGCGGAAACUGAUGGGAAAGGUGUGGAUGUUAUCUUGGACUGCAUUGGGGCACCGUAUUUGCAGAAAAACCUCGACAGCUUAAAUUUCGAUGGUAGGUUAUGUAUUAUCGGAUUAAUGGGAGGAGCCAAUGCAGAAAUAAAACUAAGUAGUCUGCUUCCAAAGCGUCUCACUGUCUUAGGAGCUGCAUUAAGACCGAGAAGCCCUGAAAACAAAGCGGUUGUUGUAGCAGAAGUCGAGAAGAAUGUGUGGCCAGCGAUAGAAGCGGGGAAGGUAAAACCGGUGAUUCACAAGUAUUUACCAUUGUCACAAGCAGCAGAAGCUCAUAGCCUUAUGGAGAGUAGCAAACACAUUGGUAAGAUUCUGCUUGAGACCUGAUCCUCUGGAAAGGGAGAAAUGUUCAGAGACAAGAGUCAUGGUGAAUAAUCAAUAAAAUCUGGUCAACUGUGUUCAUAGAUAUAUAUAUAUAUCUACGAGAGUUUGUUUGUUGGCUUUCUGUAUCUCUGAUUUGUUCAAAAAGACAAUGUAACUAUGGAACAUAUAUCUUCAAGAUAAACCAAAAUAUGUUGAAUCAACCAAGGACCUAAUCCUAUUAAA